GAUUUACAGCGCCUUUUUCAGGAACAUAACCCGCUGUAAGUGCGAGAACUUGCCUGUAUUACGAAGAGUUGACAACGUCUCCAGUCAGCGAGCCAAGGAAACCGGAGCAGCUUCUCAUGCAGACACCCCCAGGGAACCCGCUGAUGCUCUCCCACACCCUACAAGAGCUGUUGAGUAAAGACAUUGUGCAGGUGGAGCUUAUACCGGAGAAGAAGGGCCUCUUUCUGAAACAUGUGGAGUAUGAGGUUUCCAGCAAGCGCUUCAAAUGCUCGGUGUACAGGCGAUACAAUGACUUUGUCGUGUUUCACGAGAUGCUGCUUCAGAAAUUUCCAUAUCGUAUGGUUCCGGCACUUCCACCGAAGAGAAUGCUGGGAGCCGACCGAGAAUUCAUCGAGUCUAGGCGGAGGGCUCUGAAGCGGUUCAUCAACCUGGUGGCUCGGCAUCCUCCCUUCUCAGAAGAUGUGCUCCUGAAGCUGUUCCUCUCCUUCAGUGGCUCAGAUGUGCAGAACAAGCUGAGGGAGUUGGUCCAGGGACUUGGAGAUGAGUUCAUGACUUGCAAACUAGCGACCCAGGCUAAGGACUUCCUCCCAGCUGACAUCCAGGCCCAGUUUGCUGCCAGUAGGGAGCUUAUCAGAAAUAUUUAUAACAGCUUCUAUAAACUGCGGGAUCGUGCUGAGCGAAUAGCCUCCCGGGCUAUUGAUAAUGCUUCGGAUCUUCUCAUAUUUGGAAAAGAGCUAAGUGCAUUAGGCUCGGAUACUACACCACUCCCUUCCUGGGCUGCUCUGAACAACAGCACGUGGGGGACUCUGAAACAGGCCUUGAAAGGCCUGUCUGUUGAAUUUGCACUGCUGGCUGAUAAAGCUGCACAGCAGGGUAAACAGGAAGAGAAUGAUGUGGUGGAGAAGCUGAACCUUUUCCUGGAUUUACUCCAGUCCUAUAAAGAUCUGUGUGAGAGGCAUGAGAAGGGAGUCCUGCACAAGCACCAGCGAGCCUUGCACAAAUACAGCAUGAUGAAGAAGCAGAUGAUGAGCGCCACCGUGCAGAACAAGGAGCCGGAGUCCGUGGAACAGCUGGAGUCGCGCAUUGUGGAGCAAGAGAAUGCCAUCCUGACCAUGGAACUGCGCAAUUACUUUUCUUUGUACUGCCUGCACCAGGAGACGCAGCUGAUCCAUAUCUACUUGCCUCUCACUUCUCAUAUCCUGGGGGCAUUUGUCAACUCCCAGAUCCAGGGCCAUAAAGAGAUGAGUAAAGUCUGGAACGAACUGAAGCCGAAGCUGAGCUGCCUCUUUGUAGGACCCACCAAUGUGCAGGCACCUCCAUUAUCAUCCCCAGAGGACAAUUUAUUCUCUAGCUAAUUCUCAGAAUUGCAUGGAAGAAGGUGAAGUGCGGUUAGUGGUCACCCUGCUCCUCUAUCUUCAGAUCUUUAAAAGAUUCCUCCAAACAGCUAUUUUUUUUUUUUUUAAAUAUUGCUGCUUCAAGCUGCUCUUUGGAUUAGAUGGACUGGAAACAGGGCAGCAUAUACAGAGAAAAAGACAGUAUUUUAAUCUUUCGUUCUAUUUUUGAAGUGCUUUGGAGCAGGGCUGAGAUUCAUUUCCCCCAGCUGCCCUUUUCCUAAGGAUAGGAAAUGUCCUGAUAUACCGAGCACUGCAGGUCUUCUGUUGUAGUUGUCCUGUGCUUCUCCUACUAACUAGCCUCUUGCAGUACACAUCUGCACAUGUGCUGGUAAACCUCCAGGCUGCCGAUUUUUAUGCACAGGACUUGUGGAGAAUCCACGUGUAAAAUUCACUCUCUUCAGAGUACGGCCCAAGUCUAGUGGUCUUUGGAGGAGAGCUGAAGGCUAGGCCCCUGGGCCACUCAUAGGCAUUGGAUUUUCCUUCUUGCUUGAUCCAAAUGCAUGAAAGCUCCUGGUUGGGGAUCCCAGCCUUGCUCAGUGGUGGGGGUCAGCGUGGUGCAUUUAGUUUGGGGUUUUUUGUUGGUUUGGGGGGGGAGGGUUGGGGGGAGGCUAAAUACUGGAUGGAAGUAGGAGGGGGUCUCACGGGAGGGCAUUGGGCAGUGCUUCCUCAUGUGUGACAGGUUGCUGUCCAGCAAGUCUUUUAGUCACAGUUUUCCAAGAGAAUCAAACUGCUACACAGAAGAAUAACUGGUUUAAAUGCCGAUACACUCCUUAGUAGGGGAAAACUUUUUGUAGGUUGGAUGAGGGGCAGCUGUUGGUGGAUGUUUUUCUCUUGGGGUGGGCUGGCAUCCAUUCAGUGGUG